CGUUGCUUUCGCUCUCCGUUGGGGAUUAGCUGCGAUCCGAGCACGCGAGGCGGAAUUUCCCGAACCCACGAGGCGAGAUUUCCGCCGGUUCAAGCUCGAUCGCCGAAGCAAGCUCAAGAAGGAGGAGGUAAGAGGAUCGGAAACAAACGGGAGAUGGACUACAGCUCUGAAGAAGAUUCAGAUAUUAGUGAUUCUGAGAUAUUGGACCACAUAGACGGACCUUAUGAGUUGAAAUCCGGGAAGUACAAAGUUAAGGGCCCAAAUGGAAGCUUAAGAUGCCCUUCCUGUACGGGCAAGAAAGAGCAGGACUACAGGUAUGAAGAACUAUGUCAACAUGCGGCAGGAGUGGAUGAAGGUUCUGGGAAUAGAAGUGGCAAACGAAAGGCAUACCACCUUGCCUUGGCGGAGUACCUGGGGACAGACCUAGCCAGCGAGGCAGACCAAGCUCAAAGAAGACACAGAAUUGUUGCGCACCUAGCUAACGAGAUUGAUUUGACGAAUGAAAUUCUGGAGGAAUUACAGUCCGAGUAUAUUGAGAAGACUUUGUCACUGAGUAGGAUGCUUGAUGAAAAAGACAAGCUUCACUCUGCUUUUGUGGAAGAAAAAAGGAGGAUGCAACGCCUUCAACGUGACAUAAUACAAGGGAUAUUGUUAGAACAAGAGAAAAUUAGCAAUGAGUUGGAAAGGAAGAAAAGAAAGAUUGAUUGUUGGAGCAAAGAAUUGAACAAAAGUGAGGCCCUAACCGAGCGUGAGAGACAAAAGCUGGAUGAGGACAAGAAAAAGAACGAUGUCAAAAACAGUUCUAUCCAGUUAGCAUCAAGGGAGCAGAAAAGAGCUGAUGAAAAUGUCCUCAGGCUGGUGGAAGAACAAGAGAGGGAGAAAGAGGAGGCCCUGAGUAAGAUCCUUGAGUUGGAAGAGCAGCUUGACGGGAAGCACAAAUUGGAAAUUGGGAUUGAAGAGUUGAAAGGAAUAGUAGAAAUUAUGAAGCACCUUGAAGAUCAAGAUGAUGAAGCUGUUGAAGAAAAGAUGAUGGAGAUUAAUGAUGAACUGAAAGAGAGGGAGGAAAAGUUGACCAACUUGGAGGAUCUGAAUUCUGCCCUCAUUAGUGAAGAGCGCCAGAGCAAUGAAGAACUGCAAGAAGCUCGUAAGGAUUUGAUCCAGGGAUGAAUUUGUCUAAAGGAGGUCUGCCAGAGCUGAUGUUUUAGACUAUUCUUAUAGCGCUGCUGUCGCUAAUAUUGAUACUCUUGCUAUUAUUAUCAUCACUAGACAAUGGACUGCUUUGCUAUUAUUAUCAUCACUAGACAAUAGACUGCUUUGAACAUUAGGAUGUUCAUCUGUGUAUCGGAGCAUGGUUCCUCUUAAACGCUGGAAUUCCCAGAAUUUGCUUUCUUGCUUUGCCAUGGUAGCAAAUGGUGGGUGGGGGUUUGUGUUAAUUUGCGGUGAUCCUCUGAAGCCAUGUUAUUAGUAAUUCUUACAAAGCUUUCUUGGGUUA